UGGCAAUGCAACUUCCCAUCAUGAAACUGGUUAUCCCAACCAGCCCGAUAGUACGAAUUCCCGCACAGAACGACAACGCAGCGUCACAGCGUUUUUAAACAAAUUGUUUCGGUACGUUUCGCUGAUCGCAACAUUUUUUUCCCCCAACGUGUGCUUACCAUUAUUUUUUUCCUUAGUAUGGUCAGUGAAACCAGUACGAACGAGCUUAUUCACUGGUCUGUCGAUGGAAAGUCAUUUAUUGUUGAGCAUCAGGAUGAUUUUUCGAAAACGUUACUCCCUCGAUAUUUCAAACACAAUACAUUUGCUUCGUUUGUUCGUCAACUUAACAUGUACAACUUUCACAAAGUUCCCCAUGUUGAACAGCGAACGUUAAUAUCAGAUACAAUGAAAGAUAUAUGGGAGUUCAGCAACCCAAACUUUCAACGUGGACGACCGGAUUUGUUAAGCUUCGUAUAUCGAAAGCGUAUACAGGAACGCGAGCAGACCAAACCCGAAAGCAACGUUCAUACGCUGUUACAAACCAGUCAAAGUAUUCGACAACGACAAUCCGAGCUAAGUAAUGAAAUCCAGUCCAUGAAAUCCGAUUUUCAAGCACUUUGGAAGGACACAUUAGAUUUGCGAGAAAAACAGCAAGAAAAACAAGAAACAUUUGCCAAAAUCGUUCAAUUUUUAUCGUACAUUACUCGACUCAGCAUCGAGUCAAACAAUAAUGGUAACGUAAAUCGAUAUUUGACCCGGCCAAAUCAAGUAGCAAUGAAAAUGACUGAACCUUAUUCUUGCCCUCCAACAGGCGAGAAUACGAUGGGAGGAGACCUAUCAAGAAAGUUAUUGGCAUGCCCUGAUACCAACGAACUUCUUAAAAUGGCUGCCCAACAGAAUGAGCUGCGUGCAUCGGCCUCCAAACCUGGAUGGCCAGUGCAACCCUCUGUAGCUCCGGUGGCAGCCAUUACUAUGUCAGAUGAAGAGGUGAACAAUACCAUCGCAUCCACUGUGAGGUCGGUCAAUGCUAUUGCCAGUGAUAUAGAACACCUUAACCGAAAUGUCGAGCUAUUGGCCAAACGGUACAACUAUAAUUUUGAUAGCGAUGAGCUCAAUUAUGUACCGACUGGCGGAUCGGUCCCUUCUCUUGACCAUACUACUAGCGUCGAUAAUGAACUGAACAUAAUUCAAUACCACCACACCGGAAAAAGAUCAAGUCACCCUAUGGAAGAUAAUCACACCUACAAAAAACGAGCUGGCUCCCUUGAUAUGAACCCUUCGGAGUGGCCUACGCCACCAACAUCCAAUAUGAUGCCUGAUCCACAUUCCAUGCCUACUAUUGCCAUGCGACGAGCCACGGCCAGAGCUAUUGUACCUCCUAUUCUAAGUGAACCCCGUUUGGUCGAGCGGUUCCAAUCACCAUUAUCCUAUCCUGUUGUUUCUCUGCAUACCGAAUCACCCUCAAAUCUAGUGGAUGGCGCCUCGUACGACGCCACAGCCUUAGGCUAUGAAGACUUUGCCGCUUGCGACUAUGCUGCUGGCCAAGAUACCAUGAAUGAAUUUUCUGGACUAUUUGGCCCCCCGCCUACUUAAGCUCAAAAAACCACCAGACAGUCCAAAUGGAGAAUGUCAAAACUCUACGAAACCAGAGCUUGUUUCCUCCCCCUCCCCUCCCACCGCAAUACUCAUGGCCUAUAUACCCUUUUUUUUCUUUUUUUUUGGUUGUCGUUUAUUCUAAUGUGAUACAUGUUCCAUC